CACGACCUCUUGUUUCGCGAUAGUGUAUUAAAUCUUUUGUAUUUUUCUUAUAAAUUAACAAUAGAAAAAUUGAAUAUUUUAACGAAAACUAUUAGUUAAACAAGUGCAUUUAAUAAAUUAACAAAAAUUGGAAGUGUUGCAUUGGAAUUUAGGCGAAAAAUCACGUGAUAAAAUUCAUUGAAAAAGUGUAAAAAACGGUGGAAAAGGAAAAUUUCGGACCCACCACAAGUUGAAAAAAAUUAAAAUCUGAAACUAAUAUUAUUGUGGAGCAGGAGCAUACUAAAGAAAAAGUGUAAAAAUAAAAAAAAAUAUUUACAAAGAAAGUAAUUGAAUAUGCUUAUUAGCUAAAAAAAAAGUAGCUGGAUGUUUGUGUCGUGUGUGCUUUUUUUUGUUCUUCCUGAACUGAAUUGAUUUGUGUUUGGAAAAUUUAUAAUGAUAAAGUAACAAUGGUUGACUGUAAUGCAACCGACCCUUCACCCUUAACUACUACCACAACUACAACAACUAUUAAACGAACAACAAAAGCAGCAGAAACAGCAACAAAGAUAUCAUCAAUAAAAACGGUACAACAAAUACAAGAGCAAUUGCUACGGCUGCCUGCUAACAAUAUCAAUAAUAACUUCGUAAUCACUCAAUCAUUUACGACGAUAUUUUGUUACCUAUAAUUUUAUUAAUAAACAACAUUAAAAUAAACGAAACUAAACUAAAAGAAACAACAACAAAAUACUAUUUUUAAAUGUGGUGUGGUGCGAUGUUUCUGUUUACAACGAUAUAAAAGUUAUAGAUUUCUUCUGUUUUGUGUUGUUGUCUAAAUAUGUCUAAAAUAUUAUGCUCCUGAUGAAGUCCACAAAGCUUUUUAUGAAUUCCUCCACAUUUCUAUGAUUGCAUUUACAUAUUUCCUCUAAAUUAUUAAAAAAAGACUGUAUUUGUUAAAAAAAAUACAAUUAUUAAUUAAAAGUAAACCAAAUAUACAACAUAAACAUGGAUACUCUAUUGAUAAAUCAUUUGAAUGUUAAAAAUGUUCACAUUUUCCCUAAUGUACGAACUUUAUGCAAAUCAUUGCAUCUUCAAAUCUCAGUGCUACUCUAUCUUUUACUGUGUACCAAUAAUGGAGGUAUUCGCUUAGUACAUGCUGUACCUAUUACCACACAAGGUUCAUCGGGGGAUAACACAACAGUUGCCAAUUAUAACAGUAUGUCAUCCGAAUAUGAUCUCUCGUAUAAAGCCAGUCGUAGCCAGGGAAGUAGCGCGAUAACAGCAACAACUACUACAACUACAAAACCGUAUGGUAUUUUAAAUGAUUCUUUACCAAUGAUGUUGGUCUCACAGGUUACACCAGUCACCAUACAAAAUAAACCAAAAAUUAAGACUCGUCCGUUGAGAUGUCAUUGUGACAUUUGUAAAGACAACAAUUAUAUUUGUGAAACAGAUGGCUACUGUUUCACCUCAGUGGAAAAGGAAACAUCAGGAGCAUUAAUAUUUAGUUACAGGUGCCUUGAUAAAAAGUACGAUCUCCAACGAGAGCCGCUUGAAUGUUUGACGAGCAAAAAAAAACAGAAUAUUUAUAAUGUUCAAUGUUGUCAUGAGGAUUUCUGCAAUAAAAAUGAACUUUUAAAACUCAGUUUUUCUGAAGAUUACUUACCGGAGGAGAGCAUAAACACUUGGGUGCUGGUCGCCAUUAUAUUUGGAGUAACAUUAGCUGUCUGUCUUUCGGUGUUCUUGACAUGGUGCUACUGGCAAAAACGCAAACAGGGCAGUCGAGCUCGACCCUUUGCUCCCGAAGAUUCAGUAUAUGAUCCCAUACUGAAUGGCAACACUUUACAGGAUAUUAUAGAAAUGACAACAUCGGGUUCUGGAUCAGCGGGUCUGCCUUUACUCGUACAACGUUCUAUUGCCAGACAAAUUCAACUGUGUCAUGUCAUAGGCAAGGGCCGUUUUGGCGAAGUCUGGCGCGGACGUUGGCGCGGCGAAAAUGUGGCCGUGAAAAUAUUUUCCAGUCGUGAAGAGUGCUCUUGGUUUCGAGAGGCCGAAAUUUAUCAGACUGUCAUGUUGAGACAUGAGAAUAUUUUAGGUUUCAUUGCAGCAGAUAAUAAGGAUAAUGGCACUUGGACUCAACUGUGGCUGGUCACGGACUACCAUGAAAAUGGUUCUCUAUUCGAUUAUUUAACCUCGCACACGGUUGACACUAAGACCAUGCUAAGUAUGGGUCUUUCCAUAGCCACCGGCUUGGCUCAUCUACACAUGGACAUUGUGGGUACGCGCGGUAAACCAGCUAUUGCCCAUCGUGAUUUGAAAUCCAAGAAUAUCUUGGUUAAAACCAAUCUCACCUGUGCCAUUGGUGAUUUGGGUUUGGCCGUGAGGCAUGUAGAGAAAAACGAUUCCGUUGAUAUUCCAUCUACACAUCGGGUGGGCACAAAACGCUACAUGGCCCCUGAAGUCUUGGAUGAAACCAUGAAUGCCCAACAUUUCGAUGCCUAUAAGAGGGCCGAUGUUUAUGCAUUCGGCUUAAUUUUAUGGGAGAUAGCGCGGCGCUGUAAUAUGGGCAUGAUAUAUGAUGAAUAUCAAUUGCCUUACUAUGAUGUAGUGCAACCAGAUCCUAGCAUAGAGGAAAUGAAAAAGGUUGUAUGCAUUGAUAAAAUGCGACCCAACAUUCCUAAUCGUUGGCAUGCCUCCGAAGUACUACACAGUAUGGCCAAAGUAAUGAAAGAAUGCUGGUAUCCAAAUCCAGUGGCACGUUUGACGGCACUUAGAAUAAAAAAGACAUUAUCUAAUAUAAGUGUUGAGGAUAAAGUCAAAAACUGAUUGUCAAUCAACAAUCUAAUGACCAUAAAUUCACUAACAACAAAAAUAAAUAAUUCACCUACUACAUCUCCCACACAACCAACAAUUAGCUUAUUAUAAUUAUAACAAUAGAAAUCAGAAAUCAUCAUCAUUCCCAUUCCUUUUGUUCCACACUCUCACACAUCUGCACCAAACCAACUGAAUAUUUUAUAUAUAUUUACAUACAUAUAUGUUUGUAUGUUUGUAAACAUACAUACACAUACAAAUUGUUUUUAUUUUUUUCUGUUGAGCUUUAAAAUACAUAUUGAUUAAUCAAUCCCAUAAUUUAUAUGUACAUAGGGACAUAUAAAUGAAUCCAUGUAUAAAAAAAUGUUUCCUUUACAUAAGUAAUAUUACUAUAUUUUUGUUUUUUUUUAUUUGUUUAAUAUUACAUUUUAAUUGUUUAAUUUAUAUAUAUAUAAAUAUAUAUAUGUUUAUGUAUGUGUGUACUAUACUAUUUAAUAAGGCAGCUAAAUUUAAGAUUACAUGUAUAAAUUUUAUAUAUUAAAAACAAACAAACAAAAAAAUCUUUAAGAUUAAAAAAUGGCAUUGAAUUGAAACGUUAAGAAAUCCUACAAAUAUAAACAAAUCCAAGAAAUUGUAACCAUAAGUUUUAACUGAUUUAGUAGGUGUACCUAAUUAGUAAACAAAAUUUAUUAUUACAUAUUAUUAUUUUAUAAACAUACAAAAGUUUCUAAUUGUAUAUAAGAUUUGAAAAUAAAAAAAACACAAAUGCUAAAUAUAUGUAUUUAUAUGGAAAGUUUCAUAUCAGAACAAUUUUUGGAUUUAUUGCAAAAUAAAAACCAUUACAAAACAGCUUUUAAAUCUGUGAACCAAAAAUUUUUCUUUGAAUCUAACCAGUUUCUUUUUAAUUAAAAUUAAAAGAAAGUAUUUAACAAAAAGAAAACAAAUUGAAAUUAAACCAAACACCUGAUUGUGUAAAAUCCUCCCUUUGUAUAUAGAUAAAUUUUAUAAUAUUUAUAAUAGAAAUUAAAGAAAAAAAAAACAAUAUACUUUACUAUUAUUAUAUUUAGCAUAAGUUAAACAAUUUAAGACUCUUUCCUUUUAAGUGGCAAUUUUAUGUUUUAACUUUAACUUCAUGUUUUUUAUUUUUAAUUUUGCCUGUAAAACAACAAACAAAAAUCUGUAUAUUAUAUACACCUUCCUACCACAAACAAACAAAGAAAAAAACACAAAACAUACAUUUUCUAUAUACAUAUAAUUAUAGUUUUUUUUUUAUAAAUAUCCUUCCUCUUUUUUCUUUAAGCAUUUUACAAAAAAAAAUACAAGAAUUUUUAUUCCGUUAUGUAAUUAAUUUUUUAUUUAGAAACUUCUCUUUGUUCUUUGUUUUAUAUAGUUUGGAAACAUACAAGACUGCCAUAAACUAAGUUUUCAUUUAGAUUUUAUUUUCAGUUUGACAUUUAACCAAAAGUAUACAACCACAAAAUCUACAAUAAACAUGAAACAUCAUCUAAUUAAGGGCAUAGACAAAUAUAUAUAGAGCGAAGAGUCUGGUGUCAAAGAACUAACUCAGUUGUAGUAUUAGUUAUUUUUUGAGUAAUUUUUGUUUAGUUUCUGCUUUAUAUAUACAUAAUUCUCUAUGAUUAAGGACAUACAUAUUGAAAUAUUCAUAGAGCGGAAACUAUAAAAAAUUACUCAAAGUGUGUUGUUUUUGUUUAUACUUAUCCCCUGAUUUAGAAAUUUUUUUGAAAAGUGAGUGAUGUUCAUAUAAAUUUUUAAAAUAAAUUUUCUGUUCGUGUUUCUGUUUUUUUUAUAAUAAAUUUUCACAACUGAGUUAGGUCUUUGACCGGAGUAUUUCCGAUCUAUGUGUAUUUAUCAUAUUGUUUUCCGGUAUUUCUUUUAAAUUUCAAUUCGCAUAAAUUGCCGUUGAGUUUAUUAAAUAUUUUAUGUUAAUUAUUUGAAAGCUAAAGAGAAAAUCCUGUAUUGUUUUGUUUAGUAAAGAAAUAAAUUUUUAAUUUGUAUAUUUAAAAGUUUUGAAAA